AAGUUAGACACGAUGAAAAUGCUUGUGGAUUAACGAAGCUGCAUAACUGCCCCUGUUGCACCACAUCAACAUUUUAAUAAAAACGAGGAAGUGUCCUGCUGUUCUACUCCUUCACAGGGAAAAGUCAGCCCUUUUUAGCUGCAACAUAAAUGUGGGUUUUACUUCCGUGUGGAAGCGGAAUUUCGGCGGAAGUAAACAAUUACGGAGCCGUGCGGUCUGAGCUGGAAGACGGUUGUGUUGUCGUGUAAAGGCUGAAUAUUUCAGUGUUUCAGCAACAAUGUCUUCAGCUCAGCAUCUGAGAGAGUUUAUCAGCGAGCGACUAACUGCUGCUGCUGAAGAAAUAUUCACAGAGUUUGAAAAAACCAUCGUCCAGUAUGAAGAAGUGAUCGAUCGCCAGCGCAAACUGCUGGAUGUCACCUGGAAACCUCAGAUCCGCUUCCACACAGCAGACUUCCCACAGCAACAUGACUAUGAAGAGGAGGAGUUUUUUCCUGGCCAGCAGCUCUUUCAUCGAGACACAAGUUCCAGUCUGGACCAGGAGGAACCAGAACCUCCACAGAUGGAAGAGGACCUGGAGGAGAGCGAGCAGCUCGUUCUGAAGGAUGAGACUGACGUGGUGGUUAAAUAUGUCUUGCAUCGUCAUAUCUAUAAGGAGGAGGAAGAGGAUCUCACCAACCAGCAGCUCUGUUUCCAAGAGAAGACUUCUAGUAUGGACCAGGAUGAACCAGAGCCUCCACAGAUCACAGAGGAGCAGGAGCAGCAAUCCACCAAUCAGGAGGGAGAUCAGCUUGUUCUGAAGCAGGAGACUGAAACUUUUAUAGUGACUCCUAAUAAUGAGGACGGUGAUCACAUGGAACCAGAACCAAACAGUAACCAGCUCUUCUUUAACAACUCUCUUCUGGCAGAGCGUCAUGUUCAGGAAGCAAACAGGGAUGUUUUCUCAGCGUCCGCUACAAAUACAGAGCAGGAGAUGGACAGAAGCCACAAUAACAAUCCAAGUCAUUCUUCCAGGUCAGGAAAUUCUCCUAAAACUGACCAAUCUCAAAAGUCUGUAGAAUGCGACAUUUGUGGAAAAGCCUUUAAGAAAAGGUGCCGAAUGAAGCAACAUCGGAACGUGCACACUGGUGAAAAGCCAUACCUUUGUCAAAUUUGUGGAAAAAGUUAUAGUCAAAGCAGUCAGCUCACUUUUCACAUGAGAGUCCACGCAGACGAGAAGCCGCAUUCUUGUGAAAAAUGUGGCAAAAGUUUCACUGAUCGAAACAGUUUGACUAUCCACAUGAGAACCCACACUGGGGAGAAGCCUUAUUCUUGUAAGAUGUGUUCAAAAACAUUCAGUCAAAGAAGUAAUUUGGCUGUUCACAUGAAGACCCACACGGGUGAAAGGCUGUAUUGUUGUAAAACUUGUGGAAAAUGUUUCACUCAAAAUAAUGGUUUGACAGACCACAUGAGAACCCACACAGGUGAGAGGCCAUAUUCUUGUAAGACAUGUGGAAAGAGUUUCACUGUUCGAACCACUUUGACAGUCCACAUGAGAACUCACACUGGAGAGAAGCCUUAUUCGUGUAAGAUAUGCUCGAAAACAUUCAGUCAGAAAAGUAAUUUGACUUCUCACCUGAAGAUCCAUACAGGCGAAAAGCCGUAUUGUUGUAAAACGUGUGGGAAAUGUUUCAGGAAAAAUAGUUGUUUGACAAACCACAUGAGAACCCACACAGAACAGCAGCCAGGGCUGCGGGUAGGGCAGUUUGAGGUUAUUUAGGAGACGCCAUCACAGAGAAACACAUUCAGGACCAGAUCAGCUCAAACCUAAAGAACUAUGCUGUGAAAUACGGUGAGGGUCACGUGUUCUCCACUUUGAGACUCUUCCCCAAAGCAAACGAUGGUAAAUCAGUUCCUUCAGGCAUUUGAUGCCUUCUUCCCUUUUUGGGGAGGACACUUGAUAGUUACCAGAUGUUUCUUUGCAAUAAAAUAAAAUAAAAUAAAUAAAGAAAUUGAUGAUUUUUACAAGAAACCACAUUGUCUUUAUUUGGUUACAACUAAGAAAUG